AAAUUUUUCUUAAAUGCAGGCUAGGACAGAUCAGCAUCCUGGGAGACAAACUGGUCAAGAAGUGUCUGGGUUACAAUCUCCCAUGUGACUUGCUCUCACACUGGUGAAGAUCCGCUUCAGCAGUCUCUCAGCCCAGAAGGCGGGCAGUGGAACAGGAGCCAAUCGGCGUUGAGGGGCGGGCCGUAUGAACUGUCCAAUCAGGUGGCCCUGGCGGGAGGGCUCUGUUUCCUGGCGGCAAAACCACAGAUCCUGAGUUCAAUGCUGAGAGCUGCCGUACCCUGGUAGACCACCUUGCUUUAGGAUUUCUGUUGGCUGCAGACUGCGUGGGAAGGACCCGGGAGACCCUGUAGCCACGCAAUGGUGACGUUGUGGGACGGAAGGCAGUGACCUUUGAUGAUGUGGCUGUGAACUUCACCAUGGAGGAGUGGGCUUUGUUGGAUCCAUCCCAGAAGAAGCUCUACAGAGAUGUGAUGUGGGAAAACUUUAGAAAUGUGACUGCUAUAGGAAGACACUGGGAUGACCAACAAAUUGAAGAUCAGUACAAAAAUUACAGGAAAAAUCUAAGAGGUGCAGAGGUAGCUAAAUGCUGUCAAUAUAAGUUAUGGUAUCAACAUGGGGAGAGAGUUUUUAUGACUCCCAAUACGAAUGUGCACAUGAAACUGCUUAGUAUAAAACCACGUGAAAGCUUUGCAUAUAGAAAGCCUCUGAUUGGUCAUUCAUCACCAACUGUGCCCAUCGUACAUAACACUGUACUCAAAUCAUAUGAGCUCCACAAAUUUGAACAGAAGCUGUCUAACUGGCGCAGACAUGGGAAAACCUCCACUGACUUUCAGUCCUUUCAGAAACAUGCAGAGACAAAUCCUGAAGAAAAACUUUAUGAAUAUAAGAAGUGUGAAAUAUCCUACUUUAAGUGCACUGAAGGAAGUAAACUUGAAGAGAAAGCCUCUGUAUAUUAUCAAGAUGUGAGAGCCUUCAGUACACCCAACUAUGACAAAAUCCGGGAGAGAAAUCACAGUAGUGUGAAUACCUAUACAUGUAUAAAAUGGGGGGAAAGUUUGAAUUCUCACCAUGAUAUUCAGAAAUGUGAAAGAGCUCACACUGGAACAGACUCCUAUAUAUACAAACAUAGUUGGAAACAAUUAAAUAAUAAAGCUUUUGGUAAUCAUGGAAGAACUCACAUUGUGGGAAAACCCUAUACAUGUAAGCAAUGUGGGAAAGCUUUCAGCAAACAGAGUCAUUGUCAAAUACAUGAAAGGACUCACAAUGGGGGAAAACCCUAUGUAUGUAAGCAAUGUGGGAAAGCUUUCACCACAAACAGUUCUUAUCAAAUACAUGAAAGGAUACACACUGGGGAAAAACAUUAUAUAUGUAAGCAGUGUGGGAAAGCUUUCAGCACACACCGUUAUUGUCAAAGACAUGAACAAAUUCACACUAUGGAAAAACCCUAUGUAUGUAAGCAGUGUGGGAAAGCUUUCAGGAGACACAGUAAUUGUCAUUUGCAUGAAAGGACCCACACUGGAAAGAAACCCUUUGUAUGUAAGCAAUGUGGGAAAGCUUUCAGGGCACAUGGUGAUUAUCAGUCACAUGAAAGGACUCACACUGGGGAAAAACCCUUUGUAUGUAAGCAAUGUGGGAAAGCUUUCAGCACACGCAGUUACUGUCAAAGACAUGAACGAACUCAUACUGGGGAAAAACCCUAUGUAUGUAAGCACUGUGGGAAAGCUUUCAGCAGACAUGGUAAUUGUCAAUCACAUGAAAGGACUCACACAGGGGAAAAACCCUUUGUAUGUAAACAGUGUGGGAAAGCUUUCAGGACACAUGCUAACUGUCAGUCACAUGAAAGGACUCACACUGGAGAAAAACCCUUCGUAUGUAAGCAUUGUGAGAAAGCUUUCAGCACACACAGUUAUUGUCAAAGACAUGAACGAACUCACACUGGGGAGAAACCCUAUGUAUGUGAGCAAUGUGGGAAAGCUUUCAGGACACAUGGUAAUUAUCAGUCACAUGAAAGGACUCACACUGGGGAGAAACCAUUUGUAUGUAAGCAAUGUGGGAAAGCUUUCAGCACACGCAGUUACUGUCAAAGACAUGAACGAACUCAUACUGGGGAAAAACCCUAUGUAUGUAAGCACUGUGGGAAAGCUUUCAGCAGACAUGGUAAUUGUCAAUCACAUGAAAGGACUCACACAGGGGAAAAACCCUUUGUAUGUAAACAGUGUGGGAAAGCUUUCAGGACACAUGCUAACUGUCAGUCACAUGAAAGGACUCACACUGGAGAAAAACCCUUCGUAUGUAAGCAUUGUGAGAAAGCUUUCAGCACACACAGUUAUUGUCAAAGACAUGAACGAACUCACACUGGGGAGAAACCCUAUGUAUGUGAGCAAUGUGGGAAAGCUUUCAGGACACAUGGUAAUUAUCAGUCACAUGAAAGGACUCACACUGGGGAGAAACCAUUUGUAUGUAAGCAAUGUGGGAAAGCUUUCAGCACACGCAGUUACUGUCAAAGACAUGAACGAACUCAUACUGGGGAAAAACCCUAUGUAUGUAAGCAGUGUGGGAAAGCUUUCACCACACACAGUAAUUGUCAAAUACAUGAAAGGACCCACACUGGGGAGAAACCCUAUGUAUGUAAGCAGUGUGGGAAAGCUUUCACCACGCACAGUUCUUGUCAAAUACAUGAAAGGACCCACACUGGGGAGAAACCCUUUGUAUGCAAGCAGUGUGGGAAGGCUUUCUGGAGACAAAGUCAUUGUAAAACACAUGAAAGGACUCACACUGGGGAGAGACCCUAUGUAUGUACACAGUGUGGGAAAGCUUUCACCACACACAGUUCUUGUCAAAUACAUGAAAGGACCCACACUGGGGAGAAACCCUUUGUAUGCAAGCAGUGUGGGAAAGCUUUCAGGAGACAAAGUCAUUGUAAAACACAUGAAAGGACUCACACUGAGGAGAAACCCUAUAUUUGCAAGCAGUGUGGGAAAGCUUUCAGGACACGAAGUCAUUGCAAAACACAUGAAAGGACUCACACUGGGGAGAAACCCUAUGUAUGUAAGCAGUGUGGGAAAGCUUUCAGGACACAGAGUCAUUGUAAAACACAUGAAAGGACCCACACUGGGGAGAAGCCCUAUGUAUGUAAGCAAUGUGGGAAAGCCUUCACCACACACAAAAAUUGUCAAGGGCAUGAAAGGAUUCACAGUGUGGAAAUGCUAUGUAUGUAAACUAUGGAAAAGGCUUUCAGUUACUCUAGGAGCCAUUGAAGACUUAAAAACUAAGAGGGGAAAUUGACUUUGAAUAUAUAAAAUGACUUUCACUGACAUCAAAGGAUAGUGCAGAGGAGAUCUGUGUGCAAUAUAGCAGUCUCACUACACAGGUGUUAGUAUAUACCUGAAAGAAUUCAUAUAACAGAAUAUGAUUACAUAUGAACAAUGUUGGAAAUAUUUUAUUUUUCUCAAUGUAUUCAGAUUCAUGAAGUAUUCACAUGAGAGGCAAGUCAUAUAUGUGCAAUAAAUAUGGAAAUCCUUCCAUUUUUCCAAUUACCUUGAAAAUUAUGAAAGAACUCCCACUGAAAAGAAAGCCUAUGUAAACACUUAUGAAAGCUUUUUAUGAUUUUCAUAACAACAUGCACACAUUUCAAAUUAAAUUUAGUAUAAAUAUCAAAUGUGAGAGAGUUAAGAAUUACUGACAGAGACAUGUGUUAAGAAUGAGAUACACUGUUUCAAAGCACACACACAGGGACAAUCUUCCUCCAGUGUAUCUGUGGAGUAACACAUGGAUGUGGUUAAAAAGUUCAUAAUAAUGUUAGAUUUAGAAAAAGCACCAUGCAUUCGAGUCUUCAGUACAUGGCCUUUAAGGGACGUUUUACAUGCAAGCCUUAGUUGUAUGGGUAAAGUGCACUUUGUUUGUACAAUGAAAUUUUAUUGAAUUUUGAAAUACUUUUGUGACUUUGGAUUAACCAAGAGGUCAUUACAUGAAAUAUGCCUCGCAUAGACAAAGCUUGAUCAUGUUUGUUUUUAACAUAUAAAAUUGACAACUUGAAGCAGAGAAUUUAGUUAUAGUUGCCACAUGUGUGGGUGGGGAAGUUGAAAGAUGUCAAUGAGAAUGAGAAAAUGUAAUGUUUCUUCUGUAGAGUGCAAAGUGGCAUGUCCCAUACUGACUGCAGUUAAGGAUGCAGUGCCACAUAGCAUUAUAACUUGCUAAAAGUUGUUUUUGUUUCCUUCGUGUACCCGAAAGAUAAUUGUGUUAGGUGAUGCAAAUGCUAUCAGAAAGGAUGUGGCAAUUUCACAAUAUAAACAGUA